AUGAGGUGGAGGCUACUUGAUGCAACCAAAAGACCAGCUGCUUUCAUGGAUAACCCACGCAAUAUGGCUUAUUUACUGGAGUGCAAUGGAGAAUUGAUCUCGAUAGUGGUAGGACCAAUCGGAGAAUUCGUAAGAGUUUACAAAUUCUUCAACCUCACGUAUUCAUGGCAAGUCGUCGACGAUCUUAAAGAUCAAAUGGUCUUUUGCAGUCCCACGGGAUGUGUGGCCCUAAUGAGUAAUGAGGCGCAAGGCACAGGAUUGGAGAACACUGUUCACUUUCCGAGAUUUCAUGAAAGGCGCCAUGUGUUUUAUUCACUUUCGACUGAGCAGUUUCACUCCUUCGAACCAGGAUAUCCGUCCAUUGACUUCUGUGACACGAAGCUCCUACUGAACCGCACUUGGAUGAUCCCAAGUUUCCAGUUUUUUUCUCUCCAACAACUACAUUGGUCAUCAAAACCCAAGAAGCAGCUAACAAGCAAAAAAGAUGCAGAUGUGGGGCUUCAUCACAUUCAUCCACAUUAUGUCAUAAGGAGCUUAACUUUCAGAUCGUCAGGUGACCCAUCGGCGUGCGCAGAAUUAGAAGAUUAUGAGAAAGGGAGGAAGCAAGAAUCACCAACAACACAAGCCUUCCUCGUUUUGUCCAACCACGAGGGUGAAAGAAUGUUGGUUAACUUAGCCAAGGUUUCAGCAGUGAGCCAUUCAAGAAUCAUAGGAUUGGAAGCAAGAAUGAGAGGAAAGAAAGUGUAUAGCAGUGCUCAUGGUCUUCUUGUUUUGAUGGAUCACGAGGCUCGUUCAUGUUCUUUAUUGGAUCCGGUAUCCAUGGUUGAAACGACAUCGCCAACUUGGGAAAGACGUUUCGAUUGCUUAUUUGUUGUGCUUCAUUUACCUCCUGGUGAAUCCAAAUUUGUCGUAAUGGUUUUUGGUGUAGCUAAGAGUGAUCGGGAAAUAGAAGGCACUGAAUCAAACUUAGAGGCAAAGAAUGAUGCUCUUGCAAUGCUUUGGCGAGAUGGUGAUAGUGAAUGGACAAUUCUUACAACACCAAGUGAGCAAGGAGUUGAGUUCAACGCAGUAGCUGUUCUCAACCUAGGUAAGAUUUAUGGAUAUCUAGUAAUGAAAUCAGAACUCGUUUCAGUCGAACUACAACCAGAAACGUACAUAACAAGAGUUCUACCAGAACUUGAUUAUCCAGACUUUCCAAAAGGAGCAGGUACGAUGGUGAUAUCGUUGGUGGAAUGUAGGGGUGAAAUCUUACUUUUUGUCCGGUAUGACGCUCUUGGUUACGAGACCCCAAGGCUACGUGUUGUUAUUGAUAUGCAAGUGUAUAAGAUGGACAUGGAGAUGAUGCGAUGGAUAAGGAUCGACGAUUUGGGUGAUCUAGCAUUUCUAUGGAGCAAUACUUGGGGUUGUUAUCCAUGUCAUGCUAGCAAAUCAGGCUUGAAGAGAAAUUCCGUUUACUUCUUCCAACCGAAAGAGAAAUACCUUUAUCGGUUUGACUGUGGAGAUGGUAGCAUUUCAGUAUCCAAGCCUUAUCCUGAUCUCGAUGACAGUUGGUCACCAAAUGAAUUCAUUAUGUGGGAUAACCAGAUAUUAUAG